UGCAUAAGUGACGUCGCGCCCGAAGCCACGGCACCGCGUCAUUUCGGCAUCUAACUGAACUUAGGUAUUGUGAUAUUCCUUUUACUACCUGACAAGCCCCGGCACAUAACCUAUUUUUGGAUCCGACUUCCACCUGGAUGGCCUAAUAUCACAAUAUGGCCUUCCUCAUCGGUAGCACGGUGCCAGUACUCCAGCGCCUCGCCGUCCCCGCCGUCUGUAUCCUAAUCGCUUUCCUAGCCUACACGUCGCAAUGGCUAUUCGCUAACGCACCGGACCUUGCCCCGGGCCCGCUCACGACUGCCGAGAUCUACACUUUCAACGGACUUGUGUUAUGUCUAUGGUAUACAUACUAUAAAGCAUGCACUGUUGACCCAGGCCGUUAUGUCUUCCCGCCGGAUUAUAUUAAGAAGAACAAGAGGAGAAACACCAACGACUCGGGCGAGGAAGAGUUAGAUCCGCAACACAUACAGCGCUGGUGUAAGAAAUGCGCAGCACCCAAGCCGCCUCGCGCACACCACUGCAAGACAUGCCGCCGCUGUAUCCCCAAGAUGGACCACCACUGUCCCUGGACCUCCAACUGCGUCUCCCUGCAGACCUUCCCGCACUUCCUACGCUUCCUCGUAUACACCAACCUCUCCCUCUGGACCCUCCUCACUUUCCUCUUCCGCCGCUUCUUCGCCCUCUGGGAGACCCGCCACCUCCCCGCGUAUCUCGGGCCCACGCUAUCGCAACUCGCGCUCCUCACCGUCCUUACCUUCGCCACGAGCACAACCAGCCUAGCCUUGGUCAUACUGCUCAUCACCACGCUCAAGGGCUGGCUCUUCAACACCACCAUAAUCGAAACCUGGGAAAUCGAACGCCACGAAUCCGCGCUCGAGCGCCGCUACGAAACCUCCCGCGGCGACGACGCGUACUCCUCCUGGUGGGGCUCAGGCGAACACGCUCCCGGCGGCGACCGCGAAACUCUCGACCCUAUCGAGUUCCCCUACGACAUCGGCAUCUUCGCGAACAUGGCCGCCGCCAUGGGCACGCGCGACCCUCUGCUGUGGUUCCUCCCGUUCGCCGGCGAACCAAGAAUCGCACCCCUAAAAAAAAUCGAUAGCGGCAGUGGUGGUGGUGGUAGUGGUAGUGGUGGUGGUGAUACAAUAACAAUGAGCGGCACGGGCUGGACCUACGAAGAAAACGGCCUCAACGACCGCGAGGGCAUGUGGCCGCCCCCCGACCCCGACAAAAUCCGACACGCGAAAGCCUGGCGCGCACGCAAGCGCGAAGCCGACCGCGCGCUACAAAGGGAGCGCUUCGAUAACAACCCCGCCAACCCCGAGGACGAGCGGGAAGCGUUCCGGCGACGGCAGGAGCGGGAUUUGCGGCGGUGGGAAGCGUCAGCGUCGCGGUCGCGGAUUCUAGGGGAGUUGGAGGAGAUACCCACGGAGUACUACGAUAAUAACAAUAACGACAACGACAACGACCACGAUUAUGACUUCGUCGACGAGGCGUACGAUCGCAGAUUAGGACCAGGACGCGCUACUGCGGUUAUAGUAGACGAGGGCAAGUCCGGCUGGGUGAAUGCCGAUGGCGAGCACCUAGGCGACUACGGCGUAGACGAAGACGCCGAGUUCGACGAGCCGGCGGUGGAACGGCCGCGGCGACUACUACAGGAGGAGGUAAUUCGUGUAGAAGAUGAGGACGUGCCUCUCGCGGAACUGAUGCGCAGGAGGAAAGUGCGCACGAAAGAUGAUGAAGAUACGUGAUGUGAUGAUGUAUGUCUACCUAAGUACCUAAAUUUACUAUUACUAUUGGAU